AAGGGGAUAUUAAAUUUGUAGAAUGCCCAAGUUGUUCAUUCAGUAAGCUGGAAGAUAGAUACAGUACACAAGUGGAUUUCUGUGGUUUAAUGAUUAAAGGAGAACUCACAAGAAAAGGAUAUUUGUAGAAGUAAAGUGGUCAACGAUCAACAGAGCCUAUAAACAUGGUUGCAGGCGACUACAGCAUCAACACUGGCAACACACGAACCUUCGGUGUCGUCGACUACGUCCUUUUCGCUGCAACCUUGCUCGUUUCAGCGGGGAUUGGUGUCGUCUUCGCAGUUAAAGACCGGCAGAAUGUAAACAGUAAAGAAUACUUCUUGGCCGGACGGAAUAUGCAGAUCAUCCCCGUAGCAUUGUCUCUGUGUGUGACGUUCAUGUCGGCGCUGACGUUGCUGGGCGUCCCCGCAGAGAUGUACAACUACAACACCAUGUUUCUGUGGCUCUGUCUGACUUUUGUAUUCGCAACGGCAUCGGCGGGGUACAUAUUCGUCCCCGUGUUUCAUCGACUUGGCAUCACCAGCUCUUUUGAGUACCUUGAAAUGCGUUUCUCAAAGUGGGUACGCAUUCUGGGAAGCCUCAUCUUCAUGUUACAGACACUGCUGUACAUGUCUUUUGUGCUGUAUGCCCCAUCGCUGGCGAUAAAUGCAGUGACUGGCUUCGAUUUGUGGAGUUCUGUAUUUGCUGUUGGACUAGUGGUGACAUUUUACACGUCUAUGGGCGGCAUGAAGGCUGUUUUGUGGACUGACACGUUCCAGGCUGGUGUCAUUUUUGCUGGGUUACUGGCCGUCCUAAUCCAAGGUUCCAUUGUUACAGGAGGGUUCGCCAACGCCUGGAGUAUUGCUCUAAACAGGUCAAGGAUACGCUUUGAUGAUUUCAGUCCAGAUCCAACAACACGUCAUUCGUUUUGGACCAUCGUCAUUGGUGGAGGCUUCUUCUGGAUGUCUCUAUAUGGAGUGAACCAGUCUCAGGUACAGAGGGCGCUUUCGUUACCAAGUGUUGCACACGUCAGAUGGGCGUUUCUGAUCCAGACUGUAGGGCUGAUACUGAUCACCGGUCUGAGCUGUUUGAUUGGUAUCGUCAUGUUUGCUUUCUACAGCGACUGUCACCCCAUCACCUUCGGGCUGGUUUCAAAAACAGACCAGCUUCUUCCUCUGUUUGUGAUGGAUAUAUUAGGUCACCUUCCAGGUCUUCCUGGCAUAUUUAUAUCCUGUUUAUUCAGCGGAAGUCUAAGUACCUUGUCAUCUGGGUUGAAUGCCAUGUCAGCAGUUGUUGUCACAGACCUCUUAAAACCCUUCUGUGGUAGGAACAUGACUAACAGAACUAUUACCAUCAUCAGCAAAGUGUGUGUUGUGGUUUUUGGUCUUGCGUCCAUUGGAAUUGCGUUCCUCGUCUCCAGAUUGGGUGGAGUUUUACAGGCGUCCUACUCUGUGUAUAGCAUUAUCAACGGGCCGCUGUUUGGUCUCUUCGUCCUGGGCAUCUUCUUCCCUUGGGCCAAUGCUUGGGGCGCUUUCUCGGGUUGUCUGGUAUCUCUCGCAUUCCUGUCGUGGAUUGGGUUUGGUGCAUUCGUCAAUAAAAUUCGUACACCGACAUCACAGAUGUGGUCACAUGGUUGCAAUUGGACUGUGACACCUACAGCUGCACCAGUUACCACGACAACGUCCAUAGGGAUCACCACAACGUUAGCGUCGGUAGCUAAAGAAUCCAGUGAUCCGUUCUACCCGAUGUACAAACUGUCGUACUUCCAUUACACACCGACAGCCAUGGCGGUGGUCGUGAUCGUGGGGCUGGUGGUCAGCUUCAUCACAGGCUACACCCGACCAUCAUCACUGGAUCCCAGGCUGAUCUGUCCUCUCUUUGAUAAACUGUUCCCGUGUGUACCAGAGGCCAUUCUUAAACCUCUACGAUGUGGAAUAAUACACAAAGGAAAAUACGACGUGAAAGUGAAAACAGAUUUUGAAGAGGAAGUAAAAUCGGUAGACAUGGAAAAGAGUAAAAACAAUCAUGGCAUGUCUCAACAGAACUCGUCUGAAAUGUGUCACAAUCCUGCUUUUGUUGAUGAUGCUGGGGCGAACUACGACACACGACUAUAACUGCACCAAUGAAAAAUAACUAUAGUUAAAGACACUGGGCCGAAUUUUGGAAGCCUGUUUAUAACUUACAUGCGUGUAACUACGUACAUUUACAGUGCUUAAACAUCCGUGUUUAAUAGAAAAAAACUGAUUUCGUAAAUUCGGCCUUUUUGACAACUAACAUCAUAUCAAGUAGAUUUUAUUAUUUAGUUCAAAUUAAAGUGGUUUAACAUGCACAUUUUAAUUUAGAGCAAGCUGCUAUAACGCACGCCUAUCAUGAACGCACGUUCUGACUACUGCCAGCUCUUCCGUUCAGGGCAGGACUUCUUUAGAAUAUCAGGUGGUUUUUUUGCAGACAAUGUAUUGCUGGUUGUCUAAUGUUUGCAAUCUUCCAACAAAAGUGAAUUUUAUCACCGAAAUGCGAUCUGGGCUUUUAUUAGGUGCUAUAUCAUAUCUACUAGUACCAUAUUUUGCUAUUUGUACAUUUGUUUGUUAUAAUAAUUACCAAUUAAUCGAUUUCAUUCAUAAAAUUGACAUAAAUGACACGGGAAUGUGCUUGUACGCUGCAUAUGAUCACGUUUAGUACGGCUAGAAUCUGUCUUAUCACUGCUUAUGAAAUCGGUGAAUGGAUAACAUCUGGCACGUUUUCUGUCAACAGCUAGACUGGGCCAUCAUAGGCAGAUGAGUUGCACACGGACAAUGAAUUUGUCGGCAACAUCCGCGUGGAAUGAUGUUGCAUAAUUCCACUAAAGAAUUAUGCUAAGCGCACAUCGGCCCGACAAGACGGUCUUUGAAGUAUUACAUACAACAAACUAGAUGGGUGUCAAGACUCCUUUAUGUGACGUGUAUCAAUCACAUGACGUAAUACAUAAUGACGUGUGCAAAGGUUAUGACGUAAUGCUUUAAUUACAGUCUCUUAAAGUCCCAUGUCUGAUAUUGAAUGUCACCUUCCUCGAGACUUGAUAAAGACUAUUAAUAAAAACUUUGCACAGUCCGAUCUGAUACAUUUCAAACAACAUUUAGCCUUAACCAAAUUUAGCUUACACUCUUCAAUUAAACAUUAAAGUUCAAAUCAAUAUGAGUCACAUAUCCUGUUAUGAAUGUCCUUCAGACUCAUGUAUAAAAUACAAUUAAAAAACUGAAUGUUUUCAAAUUACAUUUUAUAAUUACAAAACCAAACAAGGAAUUUCUCCAGACACAAAUUGUCAUGUCCACUAUCAGACUGAACACAUCCAAAGUUAAUCCAUAAACCUUGGUGGUUUCCAAAUCUGUCUACCACUAACACGACUGAAUACUUGCGAAGUGUUAGAUGCAGGUUUCACACAGGUUUCAGCAAACUGUCCAAUGGUUUCAUCAAGCUGAUGUCUGGUAUGUCCAUUUGACAACUUAUCAGUAAUAUCUGGCUGGCUGACUGACAUCACGAUUUGAAGAGUUUGACAGUUCUAAGUCUAGCUGUGAUUCAUGAGGUUUCUCUUCAUUAGUUUUAAUAAUAUUUCUCCGAUUUCUUCUGUAUAGUGUAUUGUUCUUUUGUACAAUAUAUGUUUUCACAACAACAGCUGGUGACCAUGUUUUCUGCUCAUCUCGCAUUCGAACAACAUCUCCCGGUUUCAGUUUCUUUAAAGGUUUCACUGUCUUAUUGUACCAUAGUUUUUGUUUUUCCUGUUUUCUCAUCAACGAAUUGCGCAAUUCUGUGACUGAAUCCUGGUUUGAGAAGAGAUGUUCUAAUGUGUAGAGUAGUUCGUGUACGACGACCCAUGAACAACUGAAUUGGUAUACCUAAAUUGUGUAUUCCUGAAAUUUAGCCAUCUUUUUUACUGUUUGAACAGUAUGCUCUGCCAUUCCAUUGAUGUGUGGAUAUAUUGGCGACGAUGUGAUAUGAACAAAUCCAUAAAUCUUUGAAAACUCUUUGAAUUCAUAAUUUGAAUACUGAGGUCCAUUGUCGGAUUUUACUAUUUCUGGUAUGAAGUGUUGAGCAAAGUUUUCUUUCAAAACAUCAAUGAUAGUGUUACUUUUUGUAUCUUUCAGUAUUGAAACUUUGAAUAGUAAUCCACAAUCACGACAUAAUUUUCACGAUCCAAUUCGAACAAAUCCGAUACAACCACUUGCCAGGGUCUUUUUGGGAUCUCAUGUGAAUGUAGUGGUUCUUUUUGUUGUUUGUUUCUAUAGCGACAACAAACUCCACAUUGUGGAACAAUAUCAUGGAUCUGAGAACUCAUAUUUGGCCAGUAUAAAAUGUCUCGGGCUCUUCGGACACAUUUUCAAUUCCCAAGUGACUUAUGUAAAUUUGCCUUAGCAUUUCUUUUCUCAUACAUUCUGGAACUAUUAUACAAAUACCUUUCAACAAGAGUUCAUCAAUGUAAGUGAUGUGUUCUCUAAUAUUCCAGUGUGGUUUGAUUUGAAUGCCAAUUUCAUUUGACAACUCAGGCCAUCCAUGAAAAACUACAUUCUUCAGCUUUUGAAGCGUUUCAUCAUUCUGUGUUUCCAUCUUCAUCUCUGAUCGUCUAUCUUUGGAAACCUGCAAAUUUUCAAUUGUAUGCACUUCAAAUUCCAUUUCAUCACAAACUGUGUUUGAACUAUGAACUCUACUGAGUGUAUCUGGAAUCUGAUUAAUUUUACUACAGUCAAAAACAAAUGAAUUAAUGUUGAUAUUUCAUCUUCACAGAAAGAAGAAAGUGAAGACUCAAUAUAUCCUAUGGUAUGUAAAAAACGGUUAUUUGGUAAUAUUCUGUGGAUAAUUUUUUACUGAAACCAUCUUAAUUCUGUAUUGUCUGUGCAGCGAAACGGCAUUACAUUUAUAAGUUUCCAAUCGUAUUCUUGAUAAUGACAGUUUAACUCAUUUCAAUUUUAUCCUUCUUCUUUUUUAUUUGAUCCAAGCAAUAUAUUAUAAUAACGUUUACUGCCUUUGUAGUUUGUUAAAUUCAGAAUUAUUGUAAUGAAGAAUGGCGUUUUUUAGUUUUAUUUUGAAUUGUUUAUUUUAUAUAUCUUACAAUACCGUUUGACUGUACUUAAAAUACUACAGUAAUGAAUAAAAUUAAUUUUAACAUUCUAUAUUGUAAUAAAUUGUUCAUAUGUAUAAAAUUUACCAUUGUCAUCUAUUGAGUCAUUUAUAUACCUAACUCCUGCUUCAUACCAGUCUCUAUAAAAUACUGAGUUAUUAUUUAUUUUAAUGCCAUCAUUAUACCAAAUAAAUUGAGACUGUAUGUCAUUGUCA